AUGUCUGCAGAGGAAAAGACCCGUGUCUCGGGCGAGGCUGCCCGCUCAGAUGCCGCUCAGCUUCUCCCGACCGUCAAUCCGCAGGCGGAGAAGGAGUCGCCGAGUGCCUCUCUGCAUCCCAUCUUCUACAUCGUUUCCUGGAUCGGAUUCAGCUCCUCCGUCAUCCUCUUCAACAAAUGGCUUCUGGACACCCUGAACUUCCGCUAUCCCGUCAUCCUCACCACCUAUCACCUGACCUUCUCCACCGUCGUCACCCAGCUGAUGGCCCGCUGGACGACGAUGCUCGACGGCCGCAAAACGGUCAAGAUGACGGGCCGCGUCUAUCUGCGGGCCGUCGUGCCCAUCGGCAUCUUUUUCAGCCUGAGUCUGAUCUGCGGAAACCUCACCUACCUCUAUCUCUCCGUCGCCUUCAUCCAGAUGCUCAAGGCCACGACGCCCGUCGCCGUCCUCAUCUCCGGUUGGAUCCUGGGCGUGACGCAGCCCAACCUGAGGCAGUUCCUCAACGUUUCCGCCAUCGUCGUCGGCGUCAUCAUCGCCUCGUUUGGCGAGAUUCACUUCGUGCCCAUCGGCGUCGCCUUCCAGAUUGGCGGCAUCGUCUUUGAGGCUCUCCGUCUGACCAUGGUCCAGCGUCUGCUGAGCUCCGCCGACUUCAAGAUGGACCCGCUCGUCUCGCUGUAUUACUUUGCGCCCAUCUGCGCCGUCAUGAACGGAGUCGUCGCCCUCAUCUGGGAGGUUCCGAGAGUCUCCAUGUCCGAGGUCUACAACGUCGGCUUCUUCACCUUUUUCCUCAACGGUUUCUGCGCCUUUAUGCUCAACGUCUCCGUCGUCUUCCUCAUUGGCAAGACGUCGGCCGUGGUUCUCACCUUGUGCGGCGUCCUCAAGGACAUCAUGCUCGUCGUCGCCUCCAUGAUCAUCUGGGGCACCGAGGUCACCGCCGUGCAGUUCUUUGGUUACUCCAUUGCCCUUGGUGGCAUGGUCUACUACAAGCUUGGCUACGAGCAGCUCAAGGGAUACGCCGGAGAGGCCGGCCGACAUUGGGCCGAAUUUGGCGCUCGCAAGCCGGUGCUCCGCAAGGCUGCCGUCAUCGUCUUCACAAUCAUGGUCCUCGUCGUCAUGUUCGGCAUGAUUGCUCCCACGUACGCUCCCGGCUACGACACCACCAAGCUCACCGGCGAGGUCAGCAACCGCUUCAAAACCGGUGCCCAAUAA